UUCAGCAUGCGUCGGUGCAGCCGCUGCGGCGAGGGCAUCUACGCCUCUGAGCUGGUGAUGCGCGUCCGCGACCAGAACGUCUACCACGUCCAGUGCUUUACCUGCGCCUGGUGUGCCACGCCCCUCGCCCAGGGCGACCUCUUUGGCGUUCGCGACAGCCUCGUCUACUGUCGGACGCACUAUGAGAUGUCCUCCUCAUCACCACCUUCAUCUCCCUCACCACCAGCACCCUCAUCUGCCCCACCAUCACCCCUUGCAUCCCCACCACCACCCCCUCCAUCAUCCCUCUCUCCUUCACCACCCACUCGAUCUUCCACCGGACGUAUUCAUGGAAGUGGUGGUGGUGGUGGUGGUGGAAACGCCGGUCCGCCCUCCUCUUCAGCGCCCGGCUCAGCGCCCAAUGGCCAGUCGCCGACGACGCCGCACAGUAUUCGAAAGGGGCGGCCUAGGAAGCGGAAGAACACAAUGGGCGCCAGCAGUGAGGCGCAGCAGGCGAACGAUUCGAUGACGCUGCUGAACAGCAGUGGUGGCGGUAAUAAUUCUUCAUGUACGCAUGAUUCACUUUCACCCACCGGUGCCAGGUCAUCGCAUAGUCCUGGAGGAUCUCUUGACGGCGGCCCCUUAUCCGGUCUGGCGGCCAGCAUCGAGAACUCCUGUCUGUCCGGUUCGAGCAGCGGCGGCCUGGGCGGCCUAAGUCACUCCAGUCAGCGGACGAAGCGGAUGCGCACCUCCUUCAAGCACCACCAGCUAAGGACGAUGAAGACGUACUUCUCCGUCAAUCAGAACCCUGAUGCAAAGGAUCUCAAGCAGCUGGCGCAGAAGACCGGCCUCUCCAAGAGAGUUCUGCAGGUGUGGUUUCAGAACGCCCGCGCCAAGUGGAGGCGAAACAAUCUCAAAAUGAUGCCCGACGGCCCGGAGCUGUCGCUUAACGGGCAGACGCUGCUGGGCAGUCUCGGUCACCCCUCGACGCCCUCCACCGUCAUCGGCAGCCCCGGUGGCUCCACCCGACCCUUCUCCUCGCCCUCACCCUCCUCGGCGCUGUCACCCUCCACAAUGCACGAUGGUGGCAGCUGUGGAGGAGGUGGAGGAG